GGGGAGGAGCCCCAAAGGGGGAAAAAAGAAAGUGCGGCGGAAAGUAAGAGGCUCACUGCGGGAAGACUGGCCGGAUCGGGGUCCCCGGAGCUCCGCUUUGGCCAGGCGCACCGAAAGAAGCAGUGCUGGGCGAUCCGGCACCCAUCCCCACUGCCUUCGCUGCGCCCGCGCUGCUUCCCAAGAAAGUGUGGUGGACUGCCAGCCAAGCCUGCAUUCAGGAUUCCUGGACUUCCUAUUGGUCACUAAGAAGGAAGAGUGCCUGGAUUAUAAAAUGUUUCCAGUUGAGACUAGACCAAGGGAAUGUGAUGAAGGGAUGGGACUUCUGUGGUGUGUAAUGAGCCUCUAUUUCUAUGGGAUCCUGCAAAGCGAUGCCUCAGAACGCUGCGAUGACUGGGGACUAGAUACCAUGAGGCAGAUCCAAGUGUUUGAAGAUGAGCCGGCUCGCAUCAAGUGCCCACUCUUUGAACACUUCUUGAAGUACAACUACAGCACAGCCCACUCGGCGGGCCUUACUCUGAUCUGGUAUUGGACGCGGCAGGACCGGGACCUUGAGGAGCCAAUUAACUUCCGCCUCCCUGAGAAUCGCAUUAGUAAGGAGAAGGAUGUGCUCUGGUUCCGGCCCACCCUCCUCAACGACACUGGCAACUACACCUGCAUGCUAAGGAACACUACAUAUUGCAGCAAAGUUGCAUUUCCUCUGGAAGUUGUUCAGAAAGAUAGCUGCUUCAAUUCUCCCAUGAAAAUCCCAGUGCAAAGACUGUAUUUAGAAUAUGGUGUUCAGAAGAUCACUUGUCCAAAUGUAGAUGGAUUUUUUCCCUCCAGUGUCAAACCAACUGUCACUUGGUAUAUGGGCUGUCAUAAAGUACACAACUUUAAUAAUGUAAUUCCUGAAGGCAUGAACUUGAGUUUUCUCAUAGCCUUGGUUUCAAAUAAUGGAAAUUAUACAUGUGUUGUUACAUAUCCAGAAAAUGGACGUACCUUCCAUCUCACCAGGACUCAGACUGUAAAGGUGGUAGGCUCUCCAAAAGAUGCAUUGCCUCCCCAGAUCUAUUCACCCAAUGAUUUUGUGGUCUACGAGAAAGAACCUGGAGAGGAGCUACUCAUCCCCUGUAAAGUCCAUUUUACUUUCCUGAAGGACUCUCGCAAUGAGGUUUGGUGGACCAUUGAUGGAAAAAAGCCAGACGACACCACCUUUGACAUAACUGUUAAUGAAAGCGUAAGUCUGAGUAAAAUAGAAGACGAGACAAGGACUCAGCUUUUGAGCAUCAAGAAAGUUACUGCUGAGGAUCUCAAGCGCAACUAUGUCUGUCAUGCCAGAAAUGCCAAAGGGGAGGUUGACAAAUCAGCCAAGGUGAAACAGAAAGCUCCAAGAUACACAGUGGAACUGGCGUGUGGUUUUGGAGCCACGGUCCUGUUGGUGGUGAUUCUCAUUGUGGUUUACCAUGUGUACUGGCUGGAGAUGGUCCUGUUUUACCGGGCUCAUUUUGGAACGGAUGAAACUAUUUUAGAUGGGAAGGAAUAUGAUAUUUAUGUGUCCUAUGCAAGGAAUGCUGAAGAAGAAGAAUUUGUAUUACUGACCCUCCGUGGAGUUUUGGAGAAUGAAUUUGGAUACAAGCUGUGCAUCUUUGACCGGGACAGUCUGCCUGGGGGAAUUGUCACAGAUGAGACCUUGAGCUUCAUUCAGAAAAGCAGACGCCUCCUGGUUGUCCUAAGCCCCAACUACAUGCUCCAGGGAACCCAAGCCCUCCUGGAGCUCAAGGCUGGCCUAGAAAACAUGGCCUCUCGGGGCAACAUCAACGUCAUUUUAGUACAGUACAAGGCUGUCAAGGAGAUGAAGGUGAAGGAGCUGAAGAGGGCUAAGACGGUGCUCACGGUCAUUAAAUGGAAAGGGGAGAAAUCCAAGUAUCCGCAGGGCAGGUUCUGGAAGCAGCUGCAGGUGGCCAUGCCAGUGAAGAAAAGCUCCAGGUGGUCUAGAAGUGGCGAGCAGGGUCUCUCCUAUUCAUCCUUGAAAAAUGUAUGAAAGGGCCAAUGAAAGGAGUAAAAAGAUCUAAGGGUACUCCAGGAAGGAAGAGUUCACCUUUCUUUAUUCCCCAAUUCAUUGUUUCAUGGACAGAAAAACAAUCUAUGGACGCCUCCCCAUGGAGAUAAGUUCAGGGUGACUGUGUGACUGGCUGUUGCACUUCCUCAGGCAAUACCAAGGUUUAGAAUGACAGUGCCGCCUUCCGUCACCAGCAUCUGAUGUCACUAGGUUCACUACGUUCUUUGCAAACAAAGACUUGGUUGAUGUGAAUUUCCCCGGCAUCCUCCAUUCCCGGUCCUGCGUGUCUCUAUUCCCUCUCUCUCUUUUAACAAUCUUAACAUUACGAGGCAGCCUUCUGCUGUGGAUUUAAAGACCUCUUAAAGAUAAGUCGUUAACAGGGUCACCAUGAGCUUCCAGGUAGAGUUUUCUUUCUCUUUUAUUUUUACUCAUCCACUAAAAAGAUAAUCCAGGCCUAAAUGUAUUUUAGCUAAGGAUAAUGAGCUCUUUUGCUCACUCUGCUGUGCAUGGCAGCAUCACAGCAAGACUGACACCCACUUGGAGCAAUACAAAGCACUGGAACUGAAAAUGUUCCUUAUAAUUGGUUUAAAGGGCUUGCCUGUAUUGUCUCCUACUAUGCUCCCCCGCUGGGUGCCCUCUUAUCUCAGGUAAUUGAUGUCAUAUCUGUCAACUUGAAAAAUAUAUCCCAGUUUUUUAUUACAGUAAACUCCUGAUAGUCCAUAGGUUGACCCAUAUUGAUCACUCCAUCUCCCUGUCUACUGCACCUUGUGUCAGUCAUUCAGAGUCUGCAGGUGGCUCCACACUUGGUUAAGUCUGAUAGGAAGCUUCUCUUAAUGGUGCUAAAAGCAAGUAGAAUAACAGCAAAAUGCUUUUAGGGUAUUUUCUGGCUUGUGAAAACAGCACAGAACAGAGUGUUUGUCAAUUUGUCUUUUAAUCUCAGCCUUGCUAAUGUGAAUAUUAGGAAGGUAAUUUCUCCUCACUUUUUUCUCUUUCCCAAUUGUAAAGUGUGACAGACUCAGUGACCUUGAGAGUUGCUUUUAGCAUUACUAUUUUAAGAGCAUUAACUGGACCCCCAAGUAUUUUUCAUAUGUUAUUCACUGGUACAGUUAAUAGACUCACUCCAAACAAAGUCAGUGUGAAAAGUCAUUGUCAAUGAAAUUUGUUUUAGUUUGUUUUAAGUAAACUGUUACUGUUCUUAAGACUUGGAAAAGUGAAAACUAAGUCUAGAGUUUACAGAGUGGUGAUUAUCUAUAUGUUAAAUAUAGAUUUUUAAAUAUAUAUGUAUAUACACACAAGAAUUAUAUAUAUGUAUAUAUAUUGCAUAUACACAUGAAUUACAUAUAUAUACAUAUAUACUUGAAUUGUAUAUAUAAAUAUAUAUACACACACAUAUACAUACACAUAUAUACAUAUGACUUCAAAUAGUCAUUGGCACAAUAUCACAAAGUAAUGGAACUCUUAUCCAGUUUUUAAAUUAUGUUCUUUACUGUAACACUUUCGUGUCAGUGUUUUCUGCACAUUAAUAAUUGUGAAUUUACAGCUAACAAAGUGUUAGUUGUUGUUAGUUCUCGCCUUCCCUAAAUUAGUAUAAAUAACUUACUACUGCCACAGUUGAUCUGGGUGCAUAGGAAUCCGUUGCACACAGCACUUCCAAGGUCACUGCUACGCAAUAGCCAGUCCUCUGGCAUUAACUCAUCGUCUACUAUGUAACAAACACAUACACUUAGAAACUAAGCUAUGUUAAUGUUUGUACUCAGCUACUAGAGAGGUAAAUCUCUAUUUGGAUUGACAAGCAAUAAAGGAAAAGAAAAUAAAAAUACCUAUUAAUCAGCCUUGAUAUCCUAUGAAACACAAUGAUUCAUAAUUUAAGGAAACCCUUAAAUUAGUAAUACGAAUGUUGAUAAGCAAUUCUAAAACUACCUCCUAUAUUUCAGUGUCCUUUGGAGGUAUUAACGUCUAUAUAAUAAAUCACUUUUCUUAGAGGAGUUAUUGAUUAUUUUAAAUUUAAAAAAACUUCAUGAAUCGUUGACCAUAAACUAUGGUAUAAAGGUACUCUUGAAUCCAAAUUUUUUAGCCUUAUUAAUGCUUUUUGUUAUUACAAACCACAAUUACUCCUCCUUUUAACCUUUGACUCACAAGACCAGAGGAGAGCUGACUCCAGAUAAGCUUUGAAUAUCAAUUCUAGCGUGAACUUCAGGUAACUGGGGGACAGUCCCAUCAGGAAGGGGCCAGCCAUUCUAUUGCCAAUGCUGCAUUCUUUUUGCACUUUUGAAUUUCCUAUUUACCCCAAGUGCCGUUUGGUUUCCCUAGAAAUUUCUUGAUGCUUCUGGUCUAUUUAUAUUCCUGUCUUUGGUACUGAACGUUUCCAAAUGCUUAAAUCUAAAGCAACUCAAAUCUAAAUGAUGUCUUAUCCUAAGAGAAUUUUGCUUCAAGAUUUUUUGUUUAUGUCUCAGAAGAUGCCUAAUACAGAAUAUUUGAGGGAAAUGGAGAAAGAUAAUAUGGAGAGCAAGAAGAAAUUGCUCUCUGAUGUUAAAAAAGAAGUAUCUAAUGUGAAAAAAAAAAACCUUAAUGGUUUUAGGUAUAUGAUAUGAAGACCUUCUGCACCCAAAUUAACAACAACAACAACAA